AGUAUUUAGCAAACAUCUGUCUCUAAGGGAUGGGCCGAGCUGGAGGAAGAUUGGCAGCUCUAAGACUCCAAAAGCCAACUUCACAGGGUGACUCCCUGCUUCUGGAGGAGGGGACAGGAGAGCAUCAGGCUGGUGCACGGAGCUGAGACACGAUGGAAUCUGGCUUCACCUCCAAGGACACUUAUCUAAGUCAUUUUAAUCCUCGGGAUUACUUGGAAAAAUAUUACAGCUUUGGGUCCAGACACUGUGCAGAAAACGAGAUCCUCAGACAUCUGCUGAAAAAUCUUUUUAAGAUAUUCUGCCUGGGUGCUGUAAAAGGAGAACUCCUGAUUGACAUUGGCUCUGGCCCCACCAUCUAUCAGCUUCUCUCUGCCUGUGAGUCCUUCACGGAGAUCAUUGUCUCUGACUACACAGACCAGAACCUCUGGGAGCUGCAGAAAUGGCUGAAGAAGGAACCAGGAGCCUUUGACUGGUCCCCAGUGGUCACCUAUGUGUGUGAUCUUGAAGGCAACAGGUGCACGACUUACUCGACAAAACAAAUCAUGGACUCGGCACAUAAAUGCAUCUUUAGAGGUCUCCACAAGAAGAAAACAAAAACGAGUUGUUUUCCCUGGUGGUACAGCCGCCACUCGGCACCGAAGCAUGGAGAAACAUGAUGGAAAUGGCGUCGGCAGGAAAGUGUGCUGUUAGUGUAUUAGCUAGGCUAACCUAGACUUUGAAGCUAUUCAGAGAAAAAGCAGUCAUUUGCAGUGAUUUCAGUCAACCGCUCUCUCUAUCAUUUUGUGUAAUUAGGGGCAGCCAUUUUCUUGAAGGUAGCCAAACACGCAGAAACACCGCCCCGCCCCCACAGCUCCGUUGCUGCAGCCAUCAGAAAGUUAAUGGUCUCCAGACAGAACAAGUCACCGAGGCAGAGGCGACUUCAGCACAAGACGUGAGCGUAACCAAGUGGAGAGACUGGGAGGCUGACAUAUGCGGUCCUCAAUGUGGACAGAGGAGAGAUGAGUGGCAGGGCUGUUUUCUAAACGUCCUACCUGUCAGUCACCUUGUGUCAAAGAGCCCCCUUUGGAUAUCCGGCCCCUUAUUUUUAUCUCUGGAGAUCAGAGCCCCUCAGGAUUCAAAUACUUAUGUAUUUUAACAUGUCAGCGGAGAAAGUGACAAAAUGAACAUUUCCUGCCACCCAGGGUGAAGAGAAUUUAAAUAUGUAAUUGCUUUCAGCAGCGCCUUUGUUCCAGCAAUACCCUUUUAUCUUCUGUUCUUAGAAAUGACUUUAUUUACCCCAACUCCUUCCCACCGGCCUCCACCACAGGCGGUUUUCAAAGCCUCCGCAGCACUGAGCUCUGCUUCAUUAGCGUUUCCUGUCUCAGCAUCUCUGAUGGUAUCUGAAAACUGGGGAAUGAAGUUUGUUCCGACAUUAACCAUCAUUGAGAACUAACAGCUAACGGAUUCUGUCGCCUGCUCUGGGCUGACACUGAGAGCUUUAGAAAUAGAGCGUCUUCCAGGUAGCAGGACUGCCUGCUGAGCUGGCUCCGUGGUAUGCUGGCCCAGCAGACGCUCCUAAACGGAGAGCAAUCCCUACACAGUUUAGACUUUUUCCUGUUGAUGCCGGUUUCAAUGAGACACGCAAACGCUAUUCCCACCCUGCCUGCCCCACAGGCUUCAUGCGGUAUAGGUUUUUGGUUGAUUGGUUGGUUGGUUGGUUUUGUUUGGGGGCUUUGGAUUGUCAUUAAGAUGUAAGGGAUCUGUGUGUGUGUGUGUGUGUGUGUGUGUGUGUGUGUGAGAGAGAGAGAGAGAGAGGGAGGGAGGGAGGGAGGGAGGGAGAGAGAGAGAGAGAGAGAGAGAGAGAGAGAGAGAGAGAGAGAGAGAGAGAGAGAGAGAGAGACUGAGACUCUAUGUAGCCUCUAGCUGGCCUGGAACUUUGCCACGUAGACCAGGAAUGGCCUCACAUUCAGAGAUCUGCCUACCUCAAAACAUGAGUGAUCUUUUUCCAGCCAUCCUGAGACAAGUCCUGGCUCUCAAUUCAAUGUAUACAGCUCAUCAUAAAAAUAAGAAGAGGAAAAGGAGAGAGAAGAGAGAGAAAAAAGACAUACAUUAAAAAUUAAUUCUCUUGUCAUAGACCUGUUAUUAAUAAUGAUGGAUUUUGACAAUAAAAAAAAAAUCAAGCUA